CAAAAAUGCAACGCGCCUGGCGAGGCAGCGCGAGCGCACACAGAGGGCUCUUUCUUACGGCCGGCGAGACGCAAUCAAAACGCACACCGAAAAGAGGGAGGGGUGGGGGGGGGGUGGGGCAGCAUGGUCCACGCACGGCUCAGGUGAAGCGGGACAGGCGGCAAAGGGAGCUCAAGGUCUCUAAGAAGGGAUUGUGUGCAGCCUGGGGCAGUAGGAGUCCUACGGAACUACCACAACCUGUCAUACGAAGUCCUGGAAUCGUGGAGUUUUCCCAGGAUCUGAAUACAAGAGAUUGAAAUAGAUCUGCAGGACUCGCCAGAGGACAGAGACCCAGGGGAGUCAAGCGUGAACAGGGAUAUUGGCUCUGCGCCCUUUUCCUGCCCUAAUGGGCUCUGGAUUACAACUGCCCAUCUCAUAGAUUCAAGGAAACAGGCAAUUGUAAACAAAUCUUUGUUCUUCAGAACUCUCCAGUUUAUGAAAGGAAGGAGGAAGAGUAAUUUUCUUGCUGAAGUUCAGAGGUUCUUGCAGCAUCAAGGCCCUCACUAAGUUCCUGGCACCAUUUUUCGUGUAUCAGAUGUUUUUAUAUGAUAGGGUGUCCUCUUACGUCAAUACAACAGCAGUGUAUAACUGAAACUGAAAAAACCAAACAGCAGAGCCUGGGUCAAGUAACUCAAAUAAAUAUUUGCCUAAAGAAACAUUCUUUGUUCAUUCAUUCCAACUAAUACUCAGUUUUCUUGGUUGUCGCCAACCGACAAAGCAGAUUGAUCAGGGUUGGGGUCAAGAGUAACAGACUUGAUCUGUAUGUGACUUCCAGGAAGAGAACAUACAAUCGCUGCAAGCCAUGACUGAGGCAAUUGAGCGCUUCUUCAGUGAUCUCUGGAGCAUAGCCUCCACCAAGCACGACCAGGGCAUUUACAACACUGUGUGCUUGGUGGUGUUACUGGCCCUGCCCCUGGUGGUCCUCAUCACUUCACUAGUGGUCUGCUGUCAUUGCUGCUGCUGCCGCAAGGGUGGGUGUUCCUACUGCUGCCAGCCCAACCCCAACACUGGCACUGGUACAGGCAGUUCCAACACGGAAAAGAAGAAGAAGAAGAAGAAAGCCCCCAAUGAUGAAGACCUCUGGAUCUCAGUCAAAACAGAGCCAAUGACUCCUGACAGGAUGGCAUUGACUGUGGUGUAGCCAGCCAGGUUUGAGAUGGUCUUCUGUUAAUACUUGUGUUUUGUUCUAUGUUUUUUUUUUUUUUUUUGAAGGGGGUGGGGCUUUUUUGACAUUGUACAUAUAACGUGACAAAUCCCUGGUCACAGUCGUUGUACUGUUACAUCAAGGGGGUGACUGAUUUUUUCAAGAUGGAGCACUGUAGUCUGUACUGCAUGUUGAAGGUGAACUACAUGUUUCAAGGAAAUUUGCAGGUACUGCAUUUGUGUGUGUGUGUGUGUGUGUGUGUGUGUGUGUGUGUGUGUGUGUGUGAUAGUGAGAGAGAGAGAGAGAGAGCAAGAGGUGACAAAAGCGCCUAUCACAGCCCCAUCAUAUUUACACCAUUUUGACUCUACUUCAGGUGACCUGACACCCAAGAGUUGUCAAAUAUGUUGAGUGUAUACUUUGGCUGGGAGUUUACCGCCAUAUGUUUGUGGGACGAGCACACAGAUAAUUCCAAUGGCUUCAGGCAGGGCUUCAUCCAAAUGUCUAUCUUAAAGUUUGCUGUCACGCUGAAGGCCUUUUUAACUGAUUGUUUCACUGCCAGUUGUCCUCAGUAUUAAUUGUGUGUGAAAAUUUGCACGCCCUAUCGUCGUACACUUCUUGUUGUGUUUUCACCACGCAAGUUGGGCACCAGUGGAUUAUCCAGCAAGAUCCCUUCAAUCUUUAUCAUCAUUGCUGCGCUGGCAUCCUUUCACCUGGUUUUCCUCUUACCAAAGGCCACUAAUGAUAUCUGUUUUCACCUGAACAGGAAAGAGUUCUCAGAAGCUUCUCUUCUCAGCAAGACAUACAUGCUGUAGCUGCAGGUGAAAAAUGUUCCGCAAAACAUCAGUUAUGUUAGAUUAAGAAACUGCAGAAUCCAUAGACCAGCUCUGCUUCCUUCAAAGUCUGGAAUGUUGUGUGAUGUGGUAUUUUGCUGACUUCACCCCAGAUAUUCUUACCUUAAGCCAAACUUAGUUUCGUAAUUUGCAUCCUCAUUUCAAUGUUUUACCAAGGACCUGAUUUUUUAUACAACAUAACAAUUGAUUGUUACAAGUAUCCUGAAAUGACGUUUAACUCCCUGUAGUUUCAUUACAAUUUUUGGGGCUGAACCAGUCCAAGUUGCGCAUUUAGAUUCCGGCCAGAUCUCCUCAGAAUCUGAUCAUUAGGUUAAUUGCAUUAAAGAUGAUCUCUUUGAAUUCGUAUAUGACUCUCAUUAAAUCAGUUCAAGCACCUACCAGUUGUUAAGUGGUCACAGAGUGUUCAAAGGGAUUUUUUUUUUUAUUGUAAGGUUACCAAGGUGACUGAGUAACUGCAGCUAGUCAUGAUCAGUAACCAGAACACAGACAGCCUACAUUCACACAGGCUGUGUAUGUUAUGAACACUCAUUCCACCAGGUGGAAAAGGCACAGCGUUCACAUGGGAGGGGGAUCCAUUGUGUCCCAAGAGGGUUAUGGUCUAAACACCUAUGUUUGUAGCGAUUUGACCUUGCCAGAAUAUGCAUAAGGAAGACUUUUCACUGUGUGCUGUAUUCUGUGCUGCAGCCAUAACACUCCAAGUCAAGUGCUCUGUCUACACUGUCUGCCACAGAACCUUUAGUCAAUGUUAACUUGACUGUAACUGCAAAUGUAUAGUACUUCUGAAAUGUUUAAAGAGAGCAAAUAAUGUAUUUUUCUAACUUUUUAAUUAUUAUUAUUAUUUUUUAUUAAAAUUAAUGUAUGUGAACCUUUAGAAAUAAAGACC